UGGGGGAGGUCCUUGGCGGGGUGCACCCUACAUCCCGGGUGCAGCUCCUAUGCACUUGCAGGCGCGCCAAAUACUCGGUCUCCCUUUUCGCUCUAUCAACCAAGUUCCACGAAGUUGAGCGAAGAAUCUCAGGGAGCCUGGCGCUGUGCAGCUGUCUCCCCCGCUGCAUAGCCUGUCACCCGCCCCCACGGGUGCGAACGCUCCUGGCGCCUCUCUGCGCCCCGAAGAGAUAACCUUCCGAGCCAGGCAGAGCGCGCGCUUAGCCCGCCCGCACCAGGGUCCCUGUCAGCCCAGCGCGCCGUCCGGGUCUUUGCAGCCGGUCUGGGUACUCAUGUUCCGUUCCUCCUUCUUUUUGUCAGGGUGUUAGCAUCGCCGUCGGAAUGAAGUUGGUUUCCAUUGCCCUCUUGUUCCUGGGUUCGCUCGCCUUCCUAGGCGCUGACGCCGCGCGGCUCGACGUGGCGUCGGAGUUCCGAAAGAAGUGGAACAAGUGGGCUCUAAGUCGCGGCAAGAGGGAACUGCCGGAGGCCAGCGGCUACCCGAUCGGGCUCGCUUCCCUGGAGGCUGAGCCUGUCCAGUCCUUCAUUCAGCCCCUGGAUGUGAGAGGUGGCAACCACAGCCCUCAGGCCAGCACUCCGGACGCCGCUCACGUCCGAGUCAAGCGUUACCGCCAAAGUAUGAAAAAUUUCCAAGGCACCCGCAGCUUCGGCUGCCGCUUCGGGACGUGCACGGUGCAGAACCUGGCACACCAGAUCUACCAGUUCACAGACAAGGACAAGGACGACACCGCCCCCCGCAACAAGAUCAGCCCCCAAGGUUACGGCCGCCGGCGCCGGCGCUCCUUGCCCCAGGCCGGCUCGGGUCGGACUCUGGUGUCUUACAAGCCACGGGCGCGCAGGGCUCCAGCCUCCCGGGAGCCACGAGUGCUCGCCACCCUGCUUCGGAUGUAGGCGAUCAGGCUGGGUGGGCAUCCCGCUGGAGCGCCUUCCGGGGCCCGAGGGCUUCGCGAGCCAGAUGGGGACUGGACUGAGACAGCCCUGCACAGACUCCCGGUCCCAGAGGCACCGUCGGGCGGCAAGCCCUGCUCCGCAGCUCCUCCUCCCUUAGGCAGCGCCGCCUUAGCCGGGAGCAGGCCCGAGUGCCCCAAGGGGGCAGCGGAAUCCGAGAGUGUGUGUGCCAGGUUCACGGAGAGGAGCGACUGAGGAUGAAAUAACCGCUCGGGGCAAGGGUCUGAGCCACUGCCCGGCCGGCCCACGGGGCGCGAGCCUCCCGAUUACUUGAACUUUCCAGAAUCUAGAGUGGAAAAGUGCAAUGCGUUGUGUACAUACAGAGGUAACUAUCAAUAUUUAAGUAUGUUGCUGUCAAGAUUUUUUUGUAACUUCAAAUAUAGAGAUAUUUUUGUACGUUAUAUAUUGUAUUAAGGGCAUUUUAAAGCAAUUGUAUUGUCCCCUUUCCCCUUUAUUUUAAGAUGUGAAUGUCUUCGUGAGCUGCAAGAUGGUGAGCGCGCGUGUAUGUGUGUGUAAGCCUGAUUACCUCUUAUGGAAGAAGGAAACAUUUUCAAUAUAAUCUAUUUACAUUAAAUGGGUGAUAUGCGAACAGCAAAGCAAUAAACUGUCUCGAU